AAAGCGAACUACGUUCGCAUAUUGACAGGUUACAAUCACCCAGAAAGUAAUAACUGCUAUCAUAUUAAAUACAGCAAAAUGCUUCUGCUCUUUGAAACAGCGGCGGGCUUUGCCCUAUUUAAAGUCCUGAAGGAGAAGAAGAUUGAGGAGGCAGAAGACCUUGCUGCGGAUUUCCAGACGCUUGAGCAGGCGCAGAAGGUUGUCAAGCUCAAGGCGUUCAGCAAGUUCGAGAACACGACGGAGGCGCUCGCGUCUGCCACAGCGCUUGUUGACAGCAAGCUGAGCAAGGGACUGAAGAAAUUCCUCAAAAAGCACGUCGAUGCUGAGGAGAAGCUCGCCAUCCUUGACAAGAAGCUGGGAAGCAUUGUCCAAGAGAAGCUCGGCCUGAACGUGCUCUGGAGCAACCAAGUCCUUGAGCUUAGCCGUGGCAUCCGCAGCCAGCUUACUGGCCUCAUCAGCGGCCUGGCGGGCGCUGACCUGCGGCCCAUGUCGCUAGGUCUCAGCCACAGCCUAUCGCGCUACAAGCUGAAGUUCAGCCCCGACAAGGUGGACACCAUGAUCGUGCAAGCCAUCGGCCUGCUGGACGACCUGGACAAGGAGCUCAACACCUAUGCCAUGCGCGUGCGAGAGUGGUACGGCUGGCACUUCCCUGAGAUGACGAAGAUCGUUACCGACAACAUCCACUACGCCAAGGCGGUGGUCUUCAUGGGCACGCGCGACCAGGCGCAGGGCCUGGACUUCUCGGGUAUCCUGGAGGAGGAGGUGGAGGGGCAGCUCAAGGCAGCGGCUCAGGUGUCCAUGGGCACCGACAUCAGCGAGUCGGACCUCGACAACAUCAAGGACCUGGCCAACCAGGUCAUUGCGUUGUCGGAGUACCGCGGACAGCUGUUCGAGUACCUGCGCAACCGCAUGAACGCGGUGGCGCCCAACCUGACGGUGCUGGUGGGUGAGCUGGUGGGCGCGCGUCUGAUUGCGCACGCCGGCAGCCUCAUCAACUUGGCCAAGCAGCCAGCCAGCACAGUGCAGAUCCUGGGUGCGGAGAAGGCGCUGUUCCGCGCGCUUAAGACGAAGCACGAGACGCCCAAGUACGGCCUCAUCUACCACGCGUCGCUGAUUGGCCAGUCUGCGCCCAAGUACAAGGGCAAGAUCAGUCGUGUGCUGGCCGCCAAGUGCGCGCUGGCAAUCAGGGUGGACGCGCUGGGCGACGCCAACGAUGCCACCGUGGGUGUGGAGGCGCGACAGAAGGUCGAGGCACGGCUGCGCCAACUGGAGGGCAAGCUGCUUGGAACAGAGGCGGGGACGUCGAAGGGCAAGGAGCAGCCCGUCAAGUACGACAAGACGCGGCAAGGCGCCACGCCAGCCCUGGCCACCCAGCCGAAGGCGUACAACGCCGAUGCGGACGUGCCUGAGCCGGCUGCUGAGGAGAAGAAGGAAAAGAAGGAGAAGAAGGAGAAGAAGAAGAAGGCCGAGGAGCCGGCGGAGGUAGAGGAGGAGCAGCCGAAGAAGAAGAAGGCCAAGGUGGCUGAUGGGGAGGCAAACGGCAAGGAGGAGAAGAAGAAGGACAAGGAGGGCAAGAAGAAGAAGAAGGCGGCUGAGUAAGCGGUUUGGUUGCCUGGCGAAAGCACCACGUGCAUUCACCAGGUGCAUCCUCACCGCAUUAGGUUGCAUUAGAGCAUCAGAACUGAGAGCGGCGGAGCAACGCAAACAGGCGCUUGUAAACCAGCCGUGGCAGGUUUAGCGAACUGUGCUAUUAGGGAGACGCGGGUUAUUUGUUUGACCCUUGACUGCUAGGGGAGGGGGCAACAGGACGUUGUGGCCUGCAUCGUACCGGCCCUGUGACAGGCGCCAGGCAGGAAUUUGGCCGAGUCAUCUCGGCGUGCCGACCUUUCACCUUCUAGACGUUUGAUGCUGGGAGUUUCUAGCUGGGUUUGCUUAAAGCUUAGGCCGUAGCCCUCGGGCGUGUUGGUCAUGCGGUUGUAUCCGCUGGCGGGGCUCACAACACGGUUCAUUUCACCGUGGACGCUCGCAUCCACAGUUGUAAGAACCCCUGGCGGUCG